CUUGGAUAUGAUUAUGAACAGCUGUAUCUUUCUCUACUUCUUACAGUUAGUAACAAUAAUAUGCUAUGAUAGUACUUAUUCAUUGCCUUUUUUACUAUUUUAUAACAAUAACCUCUUCAGUUUCAUUAUACUACACGCAGCCAUGAGCUCACGAAAUAAACCAAAUUCUAUAUACAACCUUCUUCUCUUUUCCAUCAUCCACUAUUCUGCAAUCGUCUCUUUCCCAUAAAUCCCCAUAAACCCAAUUAGAUAUUCCUACCACUGUAGAAUCUAGAUAUUCCCUCGGUGUCGCUCAGCCUGCACCCGGCCGACGUACUCCUUCGACACGACGUUGAACGCCUGCAUGUAUUUUCCCGCGCAUUUGUUGAUGCAGUCCUAAACACAGCUGGUCAGCUCAAUCUGGAUAAUAGUAUAAAAAAUCGCGCUUAAUUCCUCGAAUAUGAAGGAGAAUAUCCACAUACCUGAUCAGCAGCAGUCAGAGUA